AUGAAAAUACACACCAGAGAAAAAUCUUUUUCGUGUAAUAUCUGUGAAUAUAGAUUUAUCACAAAAUUUGAUUUGCAAAGACAUAUGAGAAUACAUACUGGAGAAAAACCUUUUUCGUGUAAUAUCUGUGAAUAUAGAUGUAUUACAAAAAGUAGUUUGCAAGACCAUAUGAAAAUACAUACCGGUGAAAAACCUUUUUCGUGUAAUAUCUGUGAACAUAGAUUUAUUAGAAAACGUGGUUUGCAAGCUCAUACGAAAAUACACACUGGUGAAAAACCUUUUUCGUGUAAUAUCUGUCAAUAUAGAUGUAUUACAAAAAGUACUUUGGAAACACAUAUGAAAAUACACACCGGUGAAAGACCUUUUUCGUGUAAUAUCUGUGAGUAUAGCUGUAUUAGAAAAAGUACUUUGCAAAUACAUAUGAAAAUACACACCGGUGAAAAACCUCUUUCGUGUAAUAUCUGUGAAUAUAGAUGUAUUACAAAAAGUAUUUUGGUAAGACAUAUGAAAAUACACACCGGUGAAAAACCUUUUUCGUGUAAUAUCUGUGAAUAUAGAUGUAUUAGAAAAAGUCGUUUGCAAGAACAUAUGAAAAUACACACUGGUGAAAAACAAUAA